AUGCCUCCCCGAAGAAGUACUCGAGUUUCCAGCAAGUACUUUCCGCCAAAAGACUCGGAAUCGGAAGAAGAUGACAAAGAGGAAUCGGAUUAUGAUCCAUCGGAUGAUAGUGACGUGAAUGAAGCUUGGAGUGGCGCCAAAACGACUCGCAAACGUAAAUCCACCGAUAUGGGAGGAAAGAAGGCUAACGCUAAAAAGCCAAACCCACCUAAAAAGCCAAAGCCAGCUAAAAAGACAAACCCAACUAAAAGCUCUGCCAAGGAAAGCCGAAAAAAAGGAAAAGCUGUACCAGUCAACGAGGACCUUGAACUUGAUCGAAAUAAUAACAAAGAUGGUUCGAUGGACGAUGAUGACAGUGACGAUGAUGACACCGCAGACUGGGAAGAGGUCAAGGACGCUGAAGUUUUUGACAUUGACUCGUACCAGCCAGAGUUGCCGAACAACUUGAAGAUAACAGUUGAAAAGCCAAAAAAGCAAAAGAACCAAGGUGAUUGGGUGGAACGCCUUAUACGCCAAGAAAUAAACCGAAUUCGAAAAAAUGUUCAAUUUUCCGUGCACAAAAGUCAUCUGUUGCUGCUCAUGGGCCGUCUUCGCUACCUAAACUCGCUGGCGAAUGACCCGAUCAUUCGAGGUCUGGCUCUUUCAAUCAUUCCGAAGAAAUUUAAACUCUCCAAAGAGCCAGUUGACAAAAGUGUCGAAAAGUUAUUCAAUUUCGUCAACAAAGAGUUUGAGCUGAACAUUAAUCUUGAACGUGAAACUGAUCGUUUUCCUUACCUUAGCAUUAUUUCUAGUUUUACCUCAAAAACUAUUACUUCUCAAAUUGUGUUCGCCCUCGUGAUGGUCGCCGUUUGUCGUAUACUUCGUUUACCUUCUCGCCUUUGUUAUUUCCUAAAUCCAGUACCGGUUAAAGCUUCUAAUUUGAUCACUAAAAAGACCAAGCUAAAGAAGGUCAACACUGGCUCAGCAUCAAGCGGCACCUCCUCUGUUUUUUCUGUUGAUUAUGAUUCUGAUAAUGAAGACCGCGAUUCAUCUCAAGAUUGGAAGUACAAUUACCACUGGAUGGAAGUUUUUGACAAAAGCAAAAAACAGUUGGAGGACGACUGGUGGGAAAAGACACUGAAACUGUUUCAACGUCCCAAAUCCUCAAUGUACGACGACGCAGACAAGAAAGAGUUUGACAAAAUAUUGUCAAAAGCGCCAUUGCCAAAGACACUUAGCGGCUUCAAGAAUCAUCCAUUGUUUGUACUUCAGCGCGAUAUACUCAAAUUUCAGGCCAUCUAUCCACCUGACGCCCCGACACUUGGUUUCUUUAACGAAAUGCCAGUUUUUUCACGCGACUGUGUUCACCUUCUCAAAUCUCGCGAAACUUGGCUUCGUUCUGCUCGAACAGUGAAAGUUGGAGAGGAUCCUUACAAAGUGGUCGACUCUCGCUUCAAAAACGACGAUAAGCGCGGCAGAAAGGCUAAGCUUGAUUUGUUUGGGGAAUGGCAAACUCAGCAAUACGAGCCGCCAGUUGCGAAAGACGGCAUCGUUCCUAGAAAUGCCUACGGAAACGUCGAACUGUUUCAGGAAUGUAUGCUACCUUAUGGUACAGUGUACUUGAAGCAACAGGGACUGCCGCGUUUAGCUGCCAAACUGAAAAUCGACUAUGCGCCUGCUGUUACUGGCUUUGAUUGCGUCAAAAAUCACCGAAUCACGCGUCCCAUAAUCGAAGGAGUGGUAGUCUGUGAAGAGUACAAAGACAUCCUGCUUGAUGCAUGGAACGAAAAGCAGGAGAUUGAUCGUCAGAAGAAGGCAGCAGAUCGCAAGAAGCGCAUCUACA